AUGUAUCAGAAGGAUGUAUUGGAGCGUAUCAGUGAGAAAGUUGAUCGUGAAAGAUGGGUAGCUGGAGCAGCACUUGUAAAUGCUUUCUAUAGCCCAAAUACGAAUGAGAUAAUUUUUCCGGCUGGCAUCUUGCAACCGGUUUUCUAUCAUAAACAUUUUCCAAGUUCAAUGAAUUUUGGCGGUAUUGGUGUUGUAAUUGGCCAUGAAAUUACACAUGGAUUUGAUGAUCGAGGACGAUUGUAUGAUAAAUAUGGCAAUAUUCGACAAUGGUGGGAUAAUGCGACAAUUGAAAAAUUUGAAAUUAAAACAAAAUGCAUCGAAGAUCAAUAUUCAGCUUUUAUACUUGAACAAAUUGGCAUGAAAGUUAAUGGUCGUAGUACAAAAGGUGAAAAUAUAGCUGAUAAUGGUGGUUUAAAGCAAGCAUAUAAAGCAUAUAAAAAAUAUGUUCACAAAUAUCCACAAUAUUUACUCUUACCAGGUGUUAAUUUAACACAUGAUCAAUUAUUCUUCCUCAAUUAUGCACAGACCAGAAGUGCCAUAAGAAUUAUUGUCUCGCAACAAUUCCGAGAUUCAGUUGCUGAAGUACAACGCUUCAACGACCAAUUAAUGAAGAUUGUCAUUGUCACUGAGGAACAUUGUCACACAUAUUCUGAGCGUAUGCGCUAUGUAUCUCAGAUUGGAUGUUCUGACCAGGAUAAGGAUGAUUUCUGGGAGCUGUUACAUGAGAAGACCGCAGAAAUUGGAUGUUCUGACCAGGAUAAGGAUGAUUUCUGGGAGCUGUUACAUGAGAAGACCGCAGAAGUAACAUCAGAAGACAAUAGAAUCAUGAAGAUUGUCAUUGUCACUGAGGAACAUUGUCACACAUAUUCUGAGCGUAUGCGCUAUGUAUCUCAGAUUGGAUGUUCUGACCAGGAUAAGGAUGAUUUCUGGGAGCUGUUACAUGAGAAGACCGCAGAAGUAACAUCAGAAGACAAUAGAAUCGUUGGAAAUAUUUGA